UCGGCCAGACAACAGGUCCGAGGAUCCGCUCCGAGAUGACUCGCCGUUUUUCCACUUUUCAACCACUUUAGUGUUUAUCGUUUGCCUUUCCUGUCGCAGGCGGGGCUCGUGGCGGGCUGGACAUGUUACAAGAAGCGGCCGUGAUGUGAGCAGGGGCGAGUUUUCCCGGUGUUUUGACUUGUCCAUGGAGGAAGCGCCGAGCAGAGGAGGCGAGAUGUCUCCUCCAGACGGGGAUUCGGACGAUGAGAUGCCGCUAACGUUGCCCACCGAGGAGGGUAGCAGCCACAGCGGGAGCAUCCGAAAGGGGUGCGAUCCUUUUGCUCAGACUCAGCGCAGUAAACUCCAGCACCGCCGCGCUCGAAUCAACCAGCAGAUCAACAAAGAGAUGCGCAUGAGAGCCGGGGCAGAGAACCUGUUCAGGGCGACCACCAACAACAAGGUGAAGGAGACCGUGGCUCUGGAGCUCAGCUUCGUCAACUCCAACCUGCAGCUGCUCAAGGAGGAACUGGAGGAGCUCAACAGCAACAUGGAGGUCUACCAGACCGACAGUGAAGCUGUCAAUGUUCCCAUGAUCCCACUGGGCCUAAAGGAAACCAAAGAAGUGGACUUCACGGUGCCGAUUCAGGACUUUGUGUGCGAGCACUACGGAGAGGACAGUUCCCUCUACGACAAGGAGAUCAAGGAGCUGAUGGAGCUCAGACAGGCCAUGAGAACACCCAGCCGGAACCAGACGGGCCUGGAGUUGCUCAUGGAGUACUACAACCAGCUGUACUACCUGGACCAGCGCUUCUGUCCGCCGCACCGGAACCUGGGAGUCCACUUCCACUGGUACGACUCUCUGACCGGCGUCCCAUCCAGUCAGCGGGCGCUGGCGUUUGAGAAAGGCAGCGUGCUGUUCAACAUCGGAGCGUUGUACACGCAGAUCGGAGCCAGGCAGGAUCGCUCCGCCGCCGCCGGCAUCGACCGGGCGAUAGACGCCUUUCAGCGGGCGGCAGGUGCCUUCAACUACCUGAAGGAGAACUUCUCCAACGCUCCGAGCCUGGACAUGAGCAGCCCCUCGCUGUGCAUGCUGGUGCGUCUGAUGGUGGCUCAGGUGCAGGAGUGCGUGUUCGAGCGUGUCACACUCACCACGCAGGACACCUGCUUCACCUCGCAGCUGCGGCUGGCUCAGGAGGCCGCGCGGGUGUCGGACGUCUACCUGCUGGUGCAGCAGACCAUGUCGCAGCCGCUGAUGAAGGACUACGUGCCGUUUUCGUGGGCGUCCAUGGUCCAGGUCAAGUCGGAACACUUCCGCGCUCUGUCGCACUACUACGCUGCCGUGGCGCUCUGCGACCACACGUUGCCAGACGACGGAGGCGACUGUGACGAGGAAGCGGAGAAAGCCUUCCUGCAGUUCUACAUCAGCUCUCCUGCGGGGCCGCCACUCAGCCACGUGCUGAGCGACCCAGAGAAACGGAGGAAAUUUGGCAAAGCUCACCUGCGGCGCGCGGUCAUCCGACACGAGGAGGCCAUGAGGGUCCAUGGUCUCUGCAAGAUCCUGAGGAAGAUGGACAUCCUGCAGGACGUGCUGUCCCUCACACACAAACGCUCGCUGGAGAAGUACUCCGAGCUGGACCGGGAGGACGACUUUGACGAAACUGCGGAGGCUCCGGAGAUACAGUCUAAAACUCACCAGAAACCAGAAAUCACUCCCAUAAACUUCUCCACGGUCCAAGUCACAGAGAUCUUCCAGAGACUGGGGCCUCUGUCAGUGUUCUGCGCUCGGGCUCGCUGGGGUCCAGUCCGUCUCAUCGGGCUGCAGAGGAAGGACGGCGGACUGGGCCUGACCCUGAGGGGAGACUCUCCAGUCCUGGUCGCGGGAGUCGUGCCGGGGGGAUGUGCAGCGGAGGCGGGGCUACGGGAAGGCGACUACAUCGUAGCGGUGGACGGCCAUGACUGUAAAUGGGCCAAACACAGUGAGGUGGUCAACAUGCUCAAGAGCUCCGGCGACAGAGCGGUGGAGCUCAGCGUGGUGACUCUGCACUCGCACGAAUCGCAGACAGACCGACGGGCCGCCAUACUGUCGCAGAGCAGCGACAAAGAAAACAGCCGUCAGCGGUUGGUGGGCGGCGCCAAAGGCCAGAGCUCCGCCUCCUUACUCAACUGGAACCGGAAGAAGAAGCAGGAAGGAGCCGCGGUCACCAAGAGACUCGGGGGCACUUUCAGUUUGUCGUUCGGAAGCCUGAGAGACACAGAGGCCAUGUACUGAGCGGGGGACUGGAGCCCAACUCAGGGAUUCGGACGGUGACCCGGAGCGAAGGUAGGGGGCGCACCUCUAUGAGUGCUGGAGCUUCUUGACUCCGCCUACAUUCAAGUAUUCUUCAUCCUGAAGCAGCCAAAUUCGGUGUGAACGGACGUGCCCUGAUAAGGACAGGGCAGAGUUGAGGACAGUGACACCUAGUGGUAGAAACAGGUAUCGCCCUCCAGUGUUCCAUUUUAGAACUGCUUGUGAAUUGAAGCUGCCUGUGGCCAUGUAGCAAAUGUUUGGAAGUGCGCUCGCGUUUUGAGGUGCAACGCUCUCGUUCCAUGUGUCAACACCACUUUACUAGACUUGCUUAAAAGCACUUCAGCAGCUGUAGCCAAGCACUGUGUGAACUACAUUGAUCAUAAGAGGAGCUCAUUAAUGUUGCAAUAACCAACUUCCACGCUGUGAAAUCAAGUGUGAAUGUGCAUCCCACUUGCGUUGUUUAGAGACGUAGCGGACAUUGACUCUGGAAGCCAUGUGGGCGAGAGAGGCUGGUGGAAAUCCGAUUUACCGAACACAAGGUAACUUUUGUGACGUGAAGAUAUUGUCGUCCAGCAGGAGUGGAACACGCCGAUAUCCCCGUCCCUUGUUGCCCGAGUGGUUUCAUGUACGAUGUUUGUACUGACGGGCGCAGCAGAGCAGAGGAGACCAGACUGUUGCGUUUAAUGUCCAACCGUUCAGAAAGCAAGAGGGUCCCUGGUUCAAAUCUGGGUGAGGGCCAAGCUAGGAUUCGGCAGCUCUUAAAACCGUCGCAGCCUGGCGAACCAGGCGGGGCUGAAGAUCGGUCGCACCACACCGACCACAGUGAACCAUGGCUCCGCUGAGGAGGAUCAGCGAAUGACCUGACUUUCCUCCACAGCGCAGCGCGGCUUAGUCAACCAGGUGAGACUUAGAGUAGAACCUGUGCUCCUCCGAGAGAAGCCUCCCUGGUGAGGUACUGCAGCCAUGUCUCACAGGGUCUCUUUGCUCCUGUUGCUCCCCCCACGACACAAAAGGAAAGUCAACACAUUUCAGUAAAAACGUGAAAAAGUUGGGUCACGAUGAAAGGUGACUUCACAUGGGUGAAAUGACUUCUGAAGGUCGUCACUGAUGGAGUGCAGCGGUGCGGCUCUGAGUAAAUGUGAAUAUUUCUGGAAGAUAACUGUUUGAUCAUGUGAGGAAUUUGCACAGUUUUUCAUGUAAAACACAAUAAAAAAACUGAACAUGACAGCUGUAGCUGUUUUGCUGACAUCGACUGAGAGGAAAGGACUCUGUGAAGAGUCUGGAUGCGCCUCCCGAGGGGCCUUCUGAACCAACUUCAGUCGUUGUUCGAUGUCACCAGAGAACCCCUGGAGGUGGAAACCGGACCUCCAAGGUGCCGCCGACCCUCCAGAGAGAUGCAUUUGAGUUCAAAUGAACCUGAAUUAAAAAUCUAUUCCAGAGAGGACAUGGGACUUUCUUCCCUGAUUUCCAGAACCUCUGACCAAACCCACCAAAUGCAGUUUUUGGAGCAACGCCAGCUGAGAUGGAUCCAUCAAAUUCACAACAGAGGGCGCUACUCCAGAGGGCCCAUGAACUCAGGUCUCACUGGAUUUUUCCAUUUUGCUCCUGGGGACAGGAGGAGUCGACAGGAAAGACUGCUCUGCAUCAUUCUUUUGGCUCUACAGAUUCAUCAGGUGAGGGGCAGGAUCAGCACCAACCGGGCUCCGACAGUCUCCUCUUUAGAUGGCUCACUUUCAUCGUACACAAGUAGUUGUGCGUCAAACUCAAG